UGGUCACUCAUGGAAGUUAAUACUACUACCUCAGUACCUUCAGGGCCACCCACUGCUUCUCCAAACAACCAUACAUACACACAGCACCACUUACAUUCAGAAAAUCAUAACCAUAGUCAUGGCCAUUUACCAUCCAGAACCAUUUUCAUAACCAUAGCUGCAGUCACCUUAGUCACUGUCCUAUUUAUCAUUUUUCUGGUAGUAUUCUUGAUCCGUCGGAAAAAAUCUUCAAGCAAGAAUGGAACUUGCAAAGAUGACAAUAGAGUGCUUCAUAACACAAGCAGCAAGCUCAUGGAUUCAACAACUUUGAACGUUAAUUCUAGCCCAGAUGUGAAGGGUGGGUGUCUUCAUGGGGGAAAUCUGAACAUGACACCAUCACCUAAGUUUCGAGGAGUACAAGUGUUCACGUAUAGGGAACUAGAAGUUGCCACGGAAGGAUUUAAUGAAGCUAAUGUGAUUGGUAAUGGAGGGUUUGGUUUGAUGUAUAGAGGAGUCCUGAGUGAUGGCACUUUGUCAGCAAUUAAGUUGCUGCACAGUGAAGGUAAGCACAGGGAGCGUGCCUUCAGAAUAGAGGUCGAUCUUCUAAGCCGCUUGCACUCUCCUUAUUUAGUGGAAUUGCUUGGCUAUUGUGCUGACCAACAUCACAGGUUAUUGAUAUUUGAAUACAUGCCCAAUGGUACACUCCAACAACAUCUUCACUCCCCCAACAAUCAAACUCAACCGUUGGAUUGGUGGGCCCGGAUGAGGAUAGCCCUUGAUUGUGCCAGGGCCCUUGAGUUCCUACAUGAACAUGCAGUCUCACCUGUGAUCCACCGAGACUUCAAGAGUAACAACGUUCUACUGGAUCAAAAUUUCCGUGCUAAGGUGUCAGAUUUUGGAUUGGCUAAGAUGGGGUCAGAGAAGAUGAACGGUCAGGUUUCCACCCGUGUGUUGGGGACCACUGGAUACCUGGCACCAGAGUACGCCUCCACAGGCAAGCUUACUACAAAGUCAGAUGUUUACAGCUAUGGCGUGGUUCUUCUUGAACUGCUAACAGGAAGGGUCCCAGUUGAUAUUAAGCGGGCCCCUGGAGAACAUGUCCUUGUCUCUUGGGCUCUUCCAAGGUUAACAAAUAGAGAAAAGGUGGUGGAAAUGGUUGACCCAGCUAUACGCGGACAGUACUCAAAGAAGGAUUUAAUUCAGAUAGCUGCCAUUGCAGCAAUGUGCAUACAGCCAGAAGCUGAUUACAGGCCGCUCAUGACAGAUGUUGUACAAUCAUUAGUACCCCUUGUUAGGAACCCAUCUUCUCUUAGUUCAUCCAGUUCACUUAGAUUUCUGAAACAAACACCGAGUCCAAGUCAUUAGGUGUGCAUUAUGUUUCUUCAACGUUAUGUUUGAGAAGGGCAGAAGCAUCCUAGAAGUAAUUGCUUUUUGUUCUUACUGAAAUAGUGCUUGGAUAGA